AUAAGAGAAAACGUUGAAUCAUUGAAAUGCAAAUCUUGUGAUUUAUAUUUGAUUUCAAUAAAAUUGACUACAAAAUUUAAUCACAAUUCGUUUAGACGAAUUCGCUUUUCAAGCGAAAUUAAAAUCGAUAUAAUUUUGACAAAAUUUACUUGCAAAUAGACAUUUUUACGUUUAUAAAAUCUGAGCGUGACGAAUCGCGAUAAAGUAGAAAGAAAAAAUGCAAAUCGAUUUAAUAAGAAAAAAUGAAUUAAUAGCAACAGAUUUAAUCAAAUAAGAAUUAUAGUGUUUGCAGAUUGUAUUAGAUUAACGAUCAUGUAAUUUUAAUUUACACAACUCUGAUUAAUCUCGUUAAAUUAUUUUAUUUCCCAAUUAACGUGGCACAAUCGGCGUGUACAACUGACCUAGUGUAUUCGCCAGUGAACUAGGUCGAUCAAUAUUAUACGGGAGGAAGGGAUAGUGGUGGCAGUUUUCUCAUACGAGAGGUGGUGACCACCCUUCUUCACGAGGAGAUGCGCGUGUGGAAAUUGCUUUCAGUGCGCGGCGGAAAAUUCGCCCACCCAAAACAUGUCGUCGUCUUCUAGCGAGGAUUGCCUCACGGUCAUCGAUGUGCCGGAGAAUCGCUACGAAGAGGCGCUCGACCACCUAAGAUGGAACUUCUUUGCCGAUGAGCCGCUCAACAACGCCGUGGGGCUGUGCUCGAGGGGGGAAUCCCAGCGCGAACUUGAGCGACACUGCCUUUUCACCUUGAAGCAGGGUUACUCCAGGAUGCUAGUGAACAAGAAGGGAGCGAUAGCGGGAAUGGCACUAAAUGGUAUCCUGAAGAAAGGUGAGCGCGAGGAGGCAGAGCGGCGUCUUGAUGAGCUGAAGGAUGAAAAGUUCAAGACGAUCUUCAGAUUACUCUAUAAACUGAACGACAAAAUUGAUUUAUUCACCAAGUAUGAUGUAGCUGAGCUAUUCGAGUGUCGGAUUCUCAGCGUUGACGCAGAUCACCGCGGCAAAGGCUUGGCCAAUAUUUUAAUGGCUGAUAGCGUGGAAACCGCCAAAAAUGCCGGUUUCAAGGUGUGUAAGGUCGACGCGACCGGCGCAUUCUCACAGAAGGUCUGCCAGAAGUACGGUUUCCAGGUGGAGACAGAGAUUCUAUACGAGGAAUUGGACAAGUCUAUUAGACCGGCGCCGCCUCACCAGGCGUUAAAACUGAUGGUGAAGUUGCUAGAUUGAAGAUAAAAUAAGAAAGUCGCAUGCUCUCGGAGAGCUCAUUUAAAUUAAACCGUCAACGCGAAAGCGCAAAGCGCAAAGUAGAUAAAAAAGAUAUGUGUAUCGUCGUCGUGUCGUGACAAUAACAGCUCUGUUAAUACAUGUCUCGGUGUCGCGAAUGACGUGACGCCUUCUCACAGAAUAUUUAUCUAAAAGCAAAAGGGAAAAGAGAGUGUAUCAUGCGUUUCACGUAAUACAUGUCGAAACCGGAUAUCAUUUUCAAAUGAUUUCCGGUAUUACUGCCCCGUGUAUAUAUGUUUUGAAGUCGAGAUGAAGUUAAAAGAAAGGGAGAAAGAGAACGAGGAUUCAAUAAAAUUGAAUAAUUUAAUGCAGCGAACAGGCUGCGAAUCCGCUAAAAGUCUAACAAGUGUCUCGUAUUCGAGUCUUUCAUUCCUGUUGUACGCAGAAUUGGAGUAACAGUCGAUCUAGCGAAACAGAGACGAUAUGCGAAAUAUAAAAUCGCUAAUAUUUAACUUUUAUAUGUAUACGUUGAAAAGGACGUAAGUGAUCAAAUUUAAUUGAACGAUAAAUAUAAAAUAUAUAUAAGAAUCUUCUCUCGAAAGAUAUAUUCCGUUUAACAAUUGUGGCACACUUUUUCAGAAAACAAAACAUCAGUUCUAAUAUCAGUGAUAUUAUAUGCAUUGUAAUUAAUAUACAUAUAUUUUUCGUAAUUAAUUAAGAAAAAGUAGUAAGAAUGCAAAUAUAUCCCUCUUAUUCCGAAAUCAUGAAUGUGCAAAUUUUAACGAAAUAUAAUUAAAUAGUUAAAUUUAAAAAAUUGAGAUCUUCAGUUUUUAAUUACAAAUUUAACUAUUUCACCAUUUUGUGAAAAUUUGCACAUUUUUGAUUUUGGCAUAAAGACCUGUGUCUACGAUGCUAGAACUAAGUCCAAGGUAUUUCGAGAAAUAUACAGCCAAUCAACUUACAGCUCUUCCAUAAAAGCUGCAAGGUGACUCGCUACACAUUUCUCGGAAACUCUCUAGAACUUAGACCAAGUUCUAUCGUGGGCACAGGCCUUAAGAGAGGCGAUGUAGCAAGGAUUUAGAGAAGAUAUUUGAGAAUUAAAAAGGAAUAUUAUUUACUAUGAAAGUACAGCAAAAUGUCGAUCUGACGAUAGGAAAGAAGAAACAAAAAGAAAGUCACAAAGUAUUAAAUACUGUUCUAUUUCUUGCAUCUCACGAUUCGCUGAUGCCGUGAGAAAUGGUCCACGAGGUGCAUAAACGUCCAGUUAUAUCUUUUUCCUUCCCCUCUUUCUUUCCCAUGUGAACAUCAGCGAAAUGCGGUGAUGCGCGAAUCAUCUUUUAACUUGUACAUUUAUUACGUUCUAUCGAAAGUGGCGACCUUUCGGUCGCGAUACGGCAAUACUGCUCUGGAUAUGACAAACGGGUCCACAUAAAUUAAAAAGGAAAAGUUAUUCGAGAAGAAAAUAAAAAUAAAGAUAUUUUUGUCGAAGAAACAUGUUACAAAAGAGUAUAUAUAAAGUAUACACGAGUUAUUUUAUAAGAACGUCCGUCAAAUGCGAAUUGUAACGCGAUUUAUAAUGAUUUGUAUUGCGUGAUGAUGUAUGUCCUUUAAAGAAAAAUAAUAAAUUUCGAUUUCGUAGCAACUGAAAUGACGCGGCGUUGCGAGGCGCCUGAGUUUGAAUUUGAUUUCAUGUUCGAAUUAAAUCCAUUAUUUUAAUAAACGAUCUAUUCAUCAAUUCAUGAACGAUCAACUCAUUUAAAAUAUUUUUAUUGUAUCCAUAAAUAAUAAUCAAAUGUAAUAACUUUGUUUGAUGUAGUGUAUUAAACAUUUUUAUAAUCCAUGUGUUAAAAAA